AUGGGACCAACAACAAUGGAAGACUCAAUCCAGCAAGACCUAAUCGAGAAAGGUAAAGAUGACAAACUCUACUAUCCAACAGAAGACGACAUCGACGAAUCCCGCUUCAUAUAUAUCCUCAACACAAUCCUGAGCGGCACCGCUCGCCUCAAUGUUCUUCUCCCCACUGCCACUAUCCUCGCCUUCACCAUUUUCACCCCUCUCUUAACCAACAACGGAAAAUGCGACCCCACAAACCGGUGGCUGAUGGGUUUCUUCUCAGGACUCUCAGCCACCUCUUGCGUCUUCCUUUCCGUCACAGACAGCUUCCGGACCACCACAGGAAGGUUACACUAUGGGGUGGCUACCUUCAGUGGAAUUUGGACUUUCAACGGAGGUCGGAAGAAGCCACUCAUGCCGCCAGAUUACCAGCUGAGGUGGUCCGAUCUCUUCCACUCGUCUCUUUCAUUGAUCGCUUUCCUUACCUUCGCAACUUUGCACCAUGAUGUUGUGGACUGCUAUUACCCGGAAAUGCCAAGAAAGGUCAUCAACACUGUUCCUCUGGUGGUUGGGUUUGCGGUAAGUGUCUUAUUUGUGAUGUUUCCUUCAAGGAGAAGGGGUAUUGGGUACCCUUUCUUGCUGCAGAGGGAUGCUUUACACAGCAGAAUUUGAAACUCACAUAUGAAAUCUCUGGAAUUUGUUGUAACUGGUUACAAUUUCCAUGCGACGUAAAUGAUAAUAACAUGCUGCUUUAGUUUCUUUGAUUGAAGUAGAUACUCCUUCCAAAAAUUUCAAACGAUGAAAGAAAGCAAACACCACGACCAAUAUCCUUACGGUCAUGUUUGGAUCACCAAUUUGUGGAGUGAAAAAUGAAAGGGAUUUAUCUCCACAAA